GGGACCUGGCAUUGUAUGGUCCAUGUUGUAGAAUAAAGCAUCAGUGUUGAUGCUCCGUUCAGUUGUCUGUGGACUCUGAGCUAAUCGACUAUCUCUGAGCUCCGGCUAAGUGCUAACGUUAGCUCUCUCACCUACACCAACAUGCUCCACUUCAGUCCAGUUGGUGGCGUAUGCAGCUCCAGUUGGUUUGCCAAGAAGAAGACGAAGAAGAAGACCACACCAAAAACAACAUGGAUGCUUGUUUUGAAGAGAGAUUGUGCGAAGAGGUCCGCCGUUACCCACAUUUAUAUGAUAGGUCUGUUCAGGAGUGCAACGACAGCCAAAUUACGUUAAAUUCCUGGCGACAAAUCGCUCAAACGCUUGGGAAAAAUGAAACAGCCUGCCGUCAAAAGUGGAAAAGUGUGCGAGACAGAUAUGUAAGGGCCAAGAAAAAGCUGAAAGGCGGGAGCGGCAAAACCGGCCGGAGUCCCUACAUUAUCUCCAUGUUAGAUUGGCUCUCUGGCUACAUCAAGCAUCGUCCCACGAAGGCGACGCGGUCACGGACCCUUAACUGUAGUAUGGCUGACACCGCGUGCUCGAAACCCGCACAAGUACGCAGCUGUCCGUGGAACGCGGAAAAUCCUCAUCUCCCUCUGUCAUCCGUGCGCCUCCUGGUUCCUCCACUGAGGUUGAUGUCAGCCUGUAUGUGGCAGGUGGCCCAGGAGCGGAAUGUAGACCAGUAUGACAAACUGUCCGAAUUCAUCAUGUUGGUGACAGAGAUGGUCCCAGAGCUUCUGAACUACAAACAGAAGACUCAGCUGAUCCUGGGACUGAGAGCUCGGCUCAUCCUUGAAUUAUUAAAGACGAUGGAUGAGGUUGACUGUAAAGCUAUCCAGGAUCAUCUUAACACUUUCCAACAGACGACAACAAACCUCAUGCAUGAAGAGGACCCAGAUGGAGAGGUGGAGACUUCAAAGUCAGCAUUUGUGAAGCUGGUUCAAACAUUGCUUGAAGACCAAUCUAAAAAAGAGAAUUUUUUCAAGGAGGUCUUCUCAGUACAGUAUGGAGCUUGUUUUGAUACAGCGCUGCAGAUUCAGGUGUGGGAGUUCUUCCAGCGACUGGAAGAGUUCCUCCCAGUUCCACGUUUUUCACAGGUGUGCUCCAUGUUUGACAUUUCUUCCCUUGACGAGGAGUUUGAGCAGUUUCUCUCUGACCCUGAGGAUCUGAAGAGGAUUUUGCAGCACCAACAGGAGCGGCAAAAGUUGACUAAAAGUGAAUUCACCUUCAUGUCAGACACCAUCCUCUCCACGCUCGCCUCUAAACAGACUUCAGCGGCAUCUGAAGAUCAGGAUCAAAUAAUGGAUCAGGGAGAGGGCAAACAAGGCACUGGGAAAUCACAGGGAAGAAAUCGAGAGAAGUCAGAACAGACAACAGUGAAGCAAGAAAACAGCUGGAGAGCAGAAGAUAUUUGUGAGGAUGAUGAAGAGACUGACAACAGUUCCAUUGAACCAAACUGUGGGCUGCCUGAGUACGGGCUGUCACCGCUCACUUCCUCUCCACAUUCAGAAGAGGCUGCAGAGCCAGGUGAUGGAGAAACAGCUGUUGAAGUGGAUAAAGUGAAGGAAUGUCUGGAUCUGAGGAGAAACAAGAAGUCAUCAGAAGAGAGCAGGAUCCAGUCCUUGACAGGAGGCAAUGUAAACACACUGGAGUGUGGCAAGACUCUUGCAUCUCCUUCCACCUUGAAACAACAUCCCCUUGUUCACACUUCUGCACGACAUAAGUGCACUCAAUGUAACAAGACAUACAAAUGGCGCCAUCACCUGAAAGACCAUUUACUUACUCACUCUAAAUGGCCAGUCCGGUCCUUUGCUUGCAGCCUUUGCGAGAAGAGAUUUAGUUCUCAAUCUUUACUUAAAGUUCAUCUGCGUCGUCACAGCGGAGAGAGGCCAUUUGCCUGCUCGUAUUGCGAAAAGAGGUUCUUGACAAAGCCAGUUUUGAAGGCCCAUGUGCGCAUUCACACCGGUGAGCGGCCGUAUGCCUGUACUUUUUGUGGCAAGAGAUUCACACAGUCAUAUCCGCUGGCUGUUCACCUUAGGAUGCAUAAGAAAGAGAAGCCGUACCUGUGCAGCACAUGUGGUAUGUCCUUUUGUAGCUCUGGGGCCUUGCUGGUCCACACACGCAUGCACACAGGGGAGCGGCCUAGUCAAUGUGACAUCUGUGGAAAAGGUUUUACCACAGCUAUUCAUUUGACACAACAUCGGCGAACUCACACAGGAGAGAGGCCGUAUUCUUGCUCACAAUGUGACAAAUCGUUCCGCUGUCAAUCAGGACUGAAGAGACACAUGAGGACACACACGGGAUAUAAACCUUACCAGUGUUUAACAUGUCACAAGACUUUUUCUCAAAAAUCCAACAUGAGGAUACACCUCAAAGUCCAUAAAAACAUCUAACAUGCUGUCGUGAUUUUUAGAGUUAUCUGUAGUCAUAAAGAAAAGCCUGGUUUAUUUUACGCCAGGAUGUGCUGUUUUGAUGCAUUUUCAUGUCAGUAAAUCAACAUGU